UUUAAGAUGGAUGCUUUGUACCUUGGGACUGCAUAUUGUAGAAAUGUGGUCCAGCCCGCAUGAAAUAAUUUUCCAUAGCAUAAUUCACUAGGCUCGUUAUAUGAAUGAUUGUGCUUUUCUAUAAAACAGCUAGAGCAACAAGUAAAGAACAUUGCACCCUUGAUUUUAGAAAUGCUUAAGUUCAUGUAUAAGCUAAACGUAGCUGAUGUUUGAGGAGAUUGAUAGUUAGUUCUUUAGAACCAAUGAUUGUCAGAAUAUACAACCUGCUCAUAUCUGAUGGCUAUUUGGCCUGAUAUACGGUGAACAUGGGCCCAAAUAUUUGAGUAUGAGUAGGUCAAUGUGGGUCAGCCAGACGAAUACAUCGAGUGAAUGGCAUGGCUAAAAGAACAUACCCCGUCCUGAGAUUGAAUGAUAAAAUUUCUUGCCAUUUGAGAGUGGCUGAGAAUUUCUAGAUUGUUUUCAAAUCCAUUGGAAUGUGACUCUGAUUAUAUUAUAGAUAUUAUUUGUCAGGCAGGUUCCAAAAAUGUUGAGCAAAUGCAGCUGAAAAUUGCAGAUAGAAUUCUGGACCUGUCUUUCCACGAUAGUUGAAGUACUUUACUACUAAUUACUGUCAAAUGUGCAAUUGUUUAUGUGCAUGUUACUAUAAGAAGAAUUGGAAAGAAAUAUGCAGCGUCUAGUGUGAGGAGUAUGGACCCAUAUUUGCAUAGAUAUGCUAAAAACAGAGUCAAAUGUUUGAGGUGUAAGUAUAGGAAUGUUAAACAAUUCCUUAAACAACCUGGUUUCCAAUUUGAUGAAAGUACUAGGACAAUAACUGUGCCCGGUUGGAAUGAUUAUGUUCAGGUAUUUUUCAAGGGAAAAUAUCCCCUUAUCCCCUAUUUUAAACUUCCAUAACUCAUUAGACCCAAGAAUUGAAAAUGUUGCUUGUAAGCAAAAGGCCUCUAUCUUUUCUAUCUUACAACCCCCAGGACUCCUGUGACCAUAAAUUUGUGACUCAAACAAACACUAAAAUGACACCCUAUCCAAACUCCAUCUCUCUCUGAAACUCCAUCUCUUAUUCCUAAUAAAUCUACUCUCUCUCUUUGCUUCACUAAAACCAUGCUCCUAGUCACUGUCCUGUCUCUCUCAUCAUCCUCUCUCUACUUUCUCUCUCUCAUUUUCUGUACUCUCUCUCUUCCUCACCUUUCCAGUUUCCCCGCAAAAAUUCUCAAUUUGCUAUCUCUCUCUCUCAACAAAUCUCAAAUUUUUCUCUCUCUCAAUUAAUCCUCACCUUUCCAUGCCUUUGUCUACUCCACCUUUCUAUUACCCACAAUCUCUUUCUCUCUCAUCUCCCAUUUUCUUUUCUCUCUUUCUCUUUCUCUCUCUACACUCUCAAGUCUUAACUCAGUCCUCACUCUUCUUUUUUUUUCAAAGAACCAAAAUAUGGACUUUCUCUCUCUUCCUUGGGCAUCGUGAAGUAGACUCCUAAUCAGGCCAUUGCCGCCUCUAUCCAGGUCGGUUUCUAGUGAGAAUGUGGCUUUUCCCAGCAAUAAUGGGGCUUUUUCCGGAGAGAAUGUGGCAUUUUCUGGUAGGUCUUUGACUGAAUCUGGCGAAUCCAAGGAUGAGUUCUAUUCACCAGGGGGUCGCCCAAUACUAGUUCUGCCGGAUCUAAUGGCUGGAAAAACUUACCAGUGAGUUUACUAGAACCACAGAGACAAAGAAGGUGUGACCAGCUGGUAUAGCUCUCUUCCCACGAACCAAACUCUUGAAAUUCCCCAAAUCAUCAAAAGAGACAACAGCAACAUGGUGAGGCUGAGUAUAAUCAAAAUGGAGGUUCUUCUUAACGACCCAAAGAUUAACAAACCCAACUCCCAAAAGCACAGCAAAAACCAGGAGCAAAACGAGAAUUGAGCACACAUACGUGGCCCCCAAGCAGCCAAACGCCAGCUUCUUCACAAAUAGACCCCCACCUUCAGCCACGGCCAAGGGAGCUCUCGAAACGGCUUCGAGCUCUUCGUGAGCAGUCUCUUCAGCCUUGUGUUUGGCCUCACCAAUCGAGUGAAAGAACUCGAGAACCAUGGAUAAGAAGGCAUAGAAUGUGGAUGAAAUUGCAAAGAAGAAAUGGGAAAUGAAGUUGAGGUGUAUAGAGAGAAGGUCGAUGAGCCAAUCCACUGGUUUGAACAAGAGGGGGUCGCUCUCUUAUGGGGCAGGAGAAAGAUAGGUGGGGCUUGUCAUGGUCUGAGAAUCCAUGGAGAGAAAGAGAGAGAGAGAAGAGAGAGGAAUUUGAAAUUUUGGGGAGGGAUUGUUUGGGAGAAGAGUGACACCUGCAUUAUGGAUUGACACAUGGAGGCCUCAUAUGGUUACACAUAAAUCUACUCUCUCUCUCUCUCUCUUCUAUUUACAUGGCCAUGGUGACCUAGAAUCUGUUCUUCUGCGAAAUCAAACUACUUAUGCCAUGUUUCCUUCACUGUGUUUCUCUCUCCUCUUGUGUUAGGUACGGAGAGAGAUGAUGGUAGGGUACAGUGAGCGCCUGAGAAAAGUUUACACCUCUCUCUCUACCGCGCGCAGCAGGGGACUAAGACUCGGUUUGGCAUGGGUCCAAAAAUUGGAUCUAGCUGAAUGGUAUUAGGGUCCCUGGGUUUGGGUUUGGGUUAGGGUCCAGGUGAAUACUGACGGUGAUGUGAGAGAGAUGGAGUUUUAGAGAGAGAGAUGGAGUUUGGAUAGGGUGUCAUUUUAGUGUUUGUUUGGGUAAAAAAUUUAUGGUCAAAGGGGUCCAGGGGGUUGUAAGAUAGACAAGAUGGAGACUUUUUGCUUGCAAGUAAUAUUUUCAAUAGAAAAAUAGGGGAUAAGGGGAUAUUUUCCCAAUUUUCAAAUAUGGGUGCAAUUUUUACUUUAAAAAACCCACAUACUGGGAUAACUGUUGAACCUUUACAAAUUGCAUGUGCAUAGGCUAAUGAAGCUGAAGGAAAAUCGUUCGGCAUUGUUUUACCUCCUAUGCAGCUCAUGGAUCAAGUUUUCGCAGGGGACAUGGCAUAGAGCCUAUAGAACAAUUUAAUUUAAUUAUGGUCAUAAGCCGAAAAUCAGAUCCUAUGCGAAGUAUAAUUUUGGACAUCUUGGGGAAUUUGUAUUUAACUUCUUCAUUAUCUACUUAUGGAUAUGAUGCAAUUUAGCAAUAACUUAUUGUGGGUUGUGUCGGUAUAUACAUAUAUAUAUAUAUAUAUAUAUAUAUAUAUAUAGAGAGAGAGAGAGAGAGAGAGAGAGAGAGAGAGAGACAGAGGAAACAUAAUUCAACCUAAACAAGAUAAGAAAAUAUGAUCAAAACCGUCUAAUGCGUUUGUAAUAUUUGACUUCUUCAUUAUCUAAUGAGAUGCAGUGUUAUGGAUAUGAUGUAAUCUGGGAAUCACUUAUCAUGGGUCAUGUAUGUAGAGAGAGAGAGUGAGACUGAAAGAGAGAAUCAUAAUUCAACCUAUAAACAUAUCGAAAAAUAUGAUCCGAACUGUCAAAUAUAUUUGUUAUAUAUAUUUUUUUGAUAAGACAUAUUUGUUAUAUUAUUGAUAACUUAAAAAGCUUUUAUAUUGGUCAUGUAUUACUAGAGAAUCAUCAACUUAUAGAAUGAACAGUUAAACUGCAGUAAUAGCAAACAACCAAAACCUGGUUUUCAUCUUCAUGGUGCCAAACAUGGUAUUUUUCAUAAACUGGGUUCUUCCAGCAGCAAGCCCAACAACAUUGUUUUCUAAAUCAGCAUUUAUAUAUACUAGAAUCUGCAAAACCAAGUAUUGAGAAAAGCCCAGAUUUGCGUAUCCAAGGAUCCGAACGACCCAUUAAAGCUCAGGCAUUCACCAGUCCAUUAACCACCACUCACCCACCAUGCUUCUCCAGCCUCUCUCUUAUGCUUCCUCCUCAUUUUCAAUCCCUCUGCAAAAACCCAAAACCCAUUGUGCACCCUUCCCGCCUUUGCACUUCAGAUGCGAGGCCAUUGACGCCUCAAAGACAAGAAUCCAUGACGACUCAUCACUAAAACCCCCUUUGAAACCAACCCAAUUGUUCGAGUCCAGUGAUAAACCAACACAUAACCCUUAUCCUGGAGGUCUAGGACCCUAUACAGGAAGAGAUCCAAAUGUUAAAAAGCCCCAGUGGCUCAGGCAAAGAGCCCCACAAGGUGGAAGGUAUCAGGAGCUCAAGGAUUCGCUUUCUCACUUGAAGCUCAACACAGUCUGUGAAGAAGCUCAGUGCCCAAAUAUUGGAGAGUGUUGGAAUGGUGGUGGAGGAGCAGGUGGGGAAGGAGAUGGCAUUGGGACCGCAACAAUUAUGCUUUUAGGGGAUACUUGUACACGUGGUUGCAGGUUUUGUGCAGUGAAAACCAGUAGAAAUCCAGCCCCUCCUGACCCAAUGGAACCUGAGAACACUGCAAGGGCAAUUGCAAGUUGGGGUGUUGGUUAUAUCGUUCUGACAAGUGUUGACCGUGAUGACCUAACCGAUGGUGGGAGUGGCCAUUUUGCUCGUACAGUCAAAACAUUGAAGGACCUCAAGCCAGAGAUCCUUGUCGAGUGCUUAACUUCUGAUUUUAAAGGAGAUUUGGGAGCUGUAUCCACUGUGGUUCAUUCCGGUCUAGAUGUGUUUGCUCACAACAUUGAGACCGUGAAAAGGCUUCAGCGUCUGGUUAGAGAUCCUCGAGCAGGGUAUCAGCAAAGCUUAAAUGUUUUGAAACAUGCAAAGACAUGCAAGGAAGGGAUGAUAACCAAGUCUUCCAUAAUGCUUGGGCUUGGGGAAUCGGAUGAUGAGUUGAAGGAAGCCAUGUCUGAUAUGAGAUCAAUUGGCGUUGAUAUCCUCACUCUUGGACAAUAUUUACAGGUCCGGUCCUCCUACAGAGCAGGUGAGUUCUUCAUCGAGAGCAUGUUGAAAGAACAGAGAGCGUCAAACUCCCCCAAAUAACAGUUUGCAAAUUAACAUGAUUUGAUUAUAAAAAGCAAUAAAUUCAUCAUUUUUGCAA